CUGUAUGUUACUCAGACUUUUGGAGUUGCUAAUUUAGCAUUUUUGUUCAGCUCUGCUGCAGAUGUCAAAGACACAGAGCAACAUCAGCUGGAGAGAAGGAGUGCUCUAUCAUCCACAACAGGCAUCAGCGUCUUGGACAGGCUCAUCAGGACCUGCCCCGUUUGGCUACAGCUAUGUAUGACUCAAGAGCAGGCGGUGGACAUAUUAAAGGAAGAAGCUGCAGGGAUUUUUUUAGUCAAUCGAGACACAGAAAUGAAGUGCAUGGUCCUGUUGGUGCAUUUCACAGUAUACAAGGAAGAAUCUGAUGUCCUGCGCUACAACAUCAAGGAAGAGAAAUCCAUGAUGUACUUGGAAGGCUCUGUGCUGGUGUUUGAAGACAUAUUUAAGCUGGUGGCAUUUUAUUGUGUGAGCAGAGAUAUUUUGCCUUCAACUCUGAAGUUGCCACAAUCAAUAUCAUUGGCUCGAAGCGUUAAGGAUCUUGAUGAUAUUUCAAAUCUUGGUACAGGUUUCUGGGAGUCAUCAAUGAAACACAAAAGAGGUUUGUGGGUUUCUCAUUCUAAGGAAUUUUCAGCAAAUGGCAAAAUGCAGACUGCAAAGCUGAGUCAACACAUAUCUAGCAAAGAAAAUGAUUGUACGUGUGAAAUUGAAAUGUCUGUAGGAAAUGACAGAAUGUGGUUUGUCAAUCCUAUUUUUGUAGAAGAAUGUCGCAACACAGAGACAGCUGAUGAGCUUCCUGUUGCAAACUGUGCUGAAAAGCCUGUAACUGAAGCUACAAAAAUUGUAUACAGGAGACCUCCACCGCCACCCCCCUUGCAUCACCCUCCCCUCCCUUCGGUUCCUCCCUCUGCUCCUCCACCUAAUUAUGUACGUUCACCUUUCCAUUCACCCCCUCCAGGGCCUUCAUUACCUCCUCCUCCUCCUGAUCCUCCCCUCUCUCCUGUAAAUACUUCUCAAGCACAGUUACAAGUGACACAAGAUGAAACACUUUCUCCCAGUUCUUCUUCUGAUACUCUUAUGACUUCAGUUUCUGAUUCUUCACCGCCACAGGAUUCUUGUGUGCCACCCAGUUCUCACCCUCCUUCUCUUCCUUGCUUACAACAAACUUCAGGCACUUUAAAAGACUUGUCUGAUAUACCUACAAUAACUUGUUUGGAUGCGCAACUUGUUGGACAAACUUGCCAAGAGAUGAAAAUAAAUAGCUUAGAGGAGAAGAAGGAAGAUGAAGCAGAUGUUUGCUCAGGUGUAGCCCAGACCCAUAAAGAUGUCCAAACAACAAAUUCUAUUGGGUUUCCACCAGUGGUUCCUAGAAGACGACAAUCUGGUAAGCCUUCUGAAAAGAAAGCAAAUAGUUUAGGUAGAAAAGAUGAGCUACACAAAAAAGAAAAACCAAGUCCUCCCGGUAUAAAUACUUCAGUUAAAUCUCAAUCACAUGCCAAACCAGAGGCUCAUCUGAAAAAUGAAGAGACCACAUCUCUGCAGAAAGAGCUAGAAGAAUCAACAAUAAAGAAAAGAAAACCUCCACCAGUUCCACCACCAAGAAUCAAGAAGCACUCCAACAAAUCUGCUUCUGCAUAUUCUGUUCAUGGAAAUCCAGCUGCAAAAGAAGUCUCGACUGAGCAGAGGUACUCAGUGCCCAUAAUUCCACAACCCCAUAGCUCCACCAACCAAACCCCAGCUUCCAAAACAAAGGAACUUAAAGACUCUGAUAAAUCUAUGAAUUCAAAGCUAGAUCAGGACCCCACUGCUGAGCAGGAUACCUAUUCAACCAGCAGCAAUGAGGAUGAAUUAGAAAAGAUAAGCCGGCCUUCCAUUAAAAAGACACAGUCAUUUAUGCUCUCUAAAAACAGAUUGUCCAUAGUGGCCAUUACUAAUGUCUUUACUGCUUUCAUGUCCAAUGACAGAAAAAUGCAAAAGAAAAUCACUGAGCUGGCUCAGGAUAAGGACUCAUACUUUGGAAAUUUGGUCCAAGACUACAAAACUUAUAGUUUAGAAAUGAUGGCCAAGCAAAGCUCUAGCACUGAGAUGCUCCAGGAGAUCCGACUAAUGAUGACCCAGCUAAAGAGUUACCUAGUGCAGAGUACAGAAAUUAAGUCUAUGGUUGAAUAUGAGCUCUACACAGAUGAAAAAUUAGAAGCCAUUAUUGAAGCAGCGCUAUGCAAGUGUGUGUUGAAGCCCUUGAAGUCUCCUAUUGAGUCCUACUUGCGGGAGAUCCAUACUAAAGACGGCUCAUUGAGGUUACUUACUGAGAACCAGCUAGUCAUUCAAGACACCACGACAACAGACUUGGGCAUCACCACCAGUGUGCCUGAAAGCAACGUCAUGGAGAAAAUUACUCACAAAUUUGGAACCAUGCACAAAACGUACUCUCCGGAGAAAAAAAUAGCUUAUCUCCUGAAGGCGUGUAAACUUAUUUAUGAUUCCAUGGCCGCUGGAAAUCCAGGGAAGCCUCACGGAGCCGAUGACUUUCUGCCAGUUCUUAUGUACGUACUUGCCAGAUGUCACCUUGAGGAGCUCUUGUUGGAUGUGGAGUACAUGAUGGAACUUAUGGACCCAGCCUUGCAACUAGGAGAAGGCUCGUAUUACCUAACGACCACCUACGGAGCUCUGGAGCACGUAAAGAACUACGACAAGAUUACAGUAACAAGACAACUUAGUGUAGAGGUGCAAGAUUCCAUCCACCGCUGGGAGAGGAGAAGGACGCUCAAUAAGGCUCGCGUGUCACGUUCUUCCAUACAGGAUUUUAUCACCAUCUCUUUUGAGGAGCUGGACUCCAGAACAAGGACAUUGGUCAGUAAGCCAGACACUAGCGUAGCGCUGGUCCUACAGCAGUGUGCGGAAAAGUUUGAAGUAUCAGAGCCACAGAAGUAUGGACUCUUUGUAAUGGUAGAAGACCGCACUUUACGUCUGGAUGAAAACGCAUUUCCCCACCAAGUGAAAUCUAACUUGCUCAAAAACGAACAAAAAGUAGAUUUCCACUUCUUGUAUAAGCAGACCAGCUCAGAGGACGUUGUAGUGAAAGAUACGGAUUUCCUUUAGUUUCUGAGCUGAGGUUUGGAUGUCAUUGGGUAACUUUGAGCUGUAUAGAUCUCUUCAUUGGAAUGGGGGGAAAAAAACACUGAACUAGACAUUUAUUUCCCCAUUUUGGAAGUUCUACACAAAAUCUCUGGACGAGCAAGCAGGCUUUGCUUUUGUGAGAUGUCAGGGAUUUUAUAAAUCAAAUAUAUAAUUUUUUUUUAAUCCGUAUUAUUGAUGGUUUCCUAUAAGAAUAUAUCAUUUUUUUUAUAUGUCAAGAUGUUGGCAACCUGUGUCUUAAAAAAGUAUUUGUUUUUUUCUGUCAAUUUUGUUAUUUCUUGCAUGAAUAUUAAAAACUCAAUACCAAAAAGGACAA